AACGACUCGUAUGCAUUGCCAGUAAUUCAUAUUGUGCUUCUUCUUUCUGUUCUUAACUUGUUUUUUUGUUGUACACAUAACAGUCGUUGGGAACCAUCAUUGGGUCGUAUGGGUGGAUCAGAGUACUUCAAUAGCAUACAUUACGGUACAGGCGAUGAUCCAGCCACAGAAAGUGAAUUUUUGGGAGCUUUUUGCAUUGAAAGAAAGUUUGAUUUAACAAGUUACAUCAAGUGGUGGGGAACCAACAAAUCUCGUCAAGCUGACACUAGCACAAAAUCAUCAGAAGAAACAAAACAUGGUUUUGUUGGAGACAUUGGAGUUGAACUUAAAACAUUGGAAUGGGAAAUCCAGCCUACUGAACCAUACCAGAUUCCCCGUUUGGGCAUUUCCCGUGUAAGUAAAAAGCAUAAAGGUGCCAGAGUCUCUGCCAUGAGCAUCUUGUCACGGUCAGCUGCCUAUAAGAACUUGCAAGAGAACGCAUCAAAAAAGCAAGAAAACAAUGCUGAUAAUGAUGAGAAUGAAAACAAAAAUACCAUCCACAAGAUGGACUACGGCAAGGCAGUUGAGAAAUCCACAAGUCAUGAUGAGAGACUUAGUGCCGCAUUAGGAAUGAGUAGUGGAUUGUCUCUCCAAGUCCAAAGAAAUGCAUUCCCAUUGACUCCCUUCUUGUCUGCGCCACUUAUGACCAACUACAAUACCAUCGAUCCCUUAGUAGAUCCCAUUCUUUGGACAUCUCUUGCUCCUGUUCUUCCCUCUGGAAUUUCUCGUACUGCUGAGAUUACAAAGACAGAGACAAGUUCAACUUUCACUUUAUUUCGGCCAGAAGAAUGAUGCUGCAUUUCCAUUUGCUCUACAAGUUGGUGAGGUGCAUGUGUUCAGGAAGUUGUAUUGUACCUAUGCAUAUUACCAUGCAACAAACACAGUAAAAGGGCAUGAAGGGUCAAUGUAGUCUCGACAAGGCUUUUACUUUUUUUUCCUUUCCAGGUUUGUAUUACGUGGGUGUAGAGAAUAUAGAAAGGGAGGUAAAACUUUAUAGUGUAUCUUUUAUAUAGAAAGUUUUUAA